GUGCGAUAGAUGUAACUGCGAUUGCACUAAUAAUGUACCAGUUCAAUUCACCGAUAGGCUACAGCAAGAAGCCGCUAGUAUACGAUGGUAGGAAGAAAGAGGGAGUAGGGAGUGGCGAUGGUGACGCGGUGGUGUGGAAUCCCGCAAAAAAUGUGUCUUUAGAUAAGCUACCGGUAGAGAUCCUAAGCAUGAUAAUCCACUAUUUGGACCAGUUCGACUCGCUCAAGCUUAUGAUGACCAACCGCAUAAUGUAUGCUUUAGUGAAGCCCAAAUUGUACGAAAACAUUAUCAUCGAUUCGAACUACAGCGAGUUCAACAAGGAGUUUCGGUCCUAUAAGUUCCAACACCAGCACCAAAUGACCAAUACUACUAUAAAACUCACAGCCACGUUCAUCAAGAGCAGCUACAACUUCAAACGGUUCUUGUCCGCGUACGAUGGAACUGCCGUGCGCCGACUCCAGUGUAUUUCGUUUCCUGACUCUGUCACUGUGUUGGAUGGAGACGUAAAUGAUCUCAUUGUUCGGUUGUUUGAGAAGCUUCGAGGAUUGCACGAGUUGGUGUGGGUGCCGGCCAACUUCAAGAUGGACUUCUUGCGACACUUGGACUUGAACUCCAACACGGUGAUCUCGUUGGUGGUGAAUAUUCGGUUCAACCGCCAAAAUCUACAGGUGCUAUCGAGAUUUCGACACUUGGUUAACUUCCAGUUGGGCCCAUACACCAGUACCGAUAACCUCAGGCAGCUCGUCCAGUUUGUGGACAUGAGCAAACUACGUAUCCUCAAGCUCUGGAAGCUGGACACUCAGAGUAAUAUUUGUGAUCCUUCUGCCGCCAGACUCUUGGAUUAUCCACACGGCCAUGAGCUCGAGGAUGUGAAUAUCUUGAGCACCAAACAAUUCAAGUGCCUCACCAAGUUGUGCUUAAAGGAAAUGUUUGUGUGUGAAGGGGACUUUGCACUGUUUGCGCUGUCUGUGUCGACACUGGGCCUUACCAAGUUGGAGUUUAAGCGCAUCACCGAGUAUAAGACUGGACACGCAGACAGUUUUCUUCUCCGGCUCUCCCGGGAGUUGCAGAGUAUCACAGAGUUGAUGUUGGACUAUCGAGAGAGUCACAAGGAUAAUAUUCCCGAGUUUCUUCGCAAUAUUAACCAUUUGCACAAGCUUGACUUGGUGGUGAGAAACAACGAUACAAAGACAUUUGACGCAAAACAGUACUCAAGGUCGUUACAGGUCCAUGCUGACACACUAGCACACUUGUCACUAGAGAUCUACCACGAGAAAAGUCUUGGAUUUCAACCGGUGGCAGUGGAUUUGCAAAAAGUGGACCUUUCGCAUGCGACCAAGCUUGAGUCACUCCGGAUAAAUAGCACAGACGAAAUCGAUAGCGUACGCUUGGUGGCACAGCUACCACGUCUUCGGUACCUCAAUCUCUUUGGCAUGAAGGCUGGCGGAUCGCCUAACUUGGGGUUGGGGAUGAUCCAUCCCACCGUGUUUGACGAGUGGUUUAAAGUGCAACACGUUGCACUCAUAUACUUGGAAAACAACGGGAGUUUAGAGUAUGUAAAGAUCAACCUGUGCUUGUUUGAGUGCCGAGAUGGAGAGGUUGUACCGAGAGAGGGAAUAGAUAAUUGGUUUAAUGAGGUUGUCAGAGUGGCUGCAAUUGACUAUGAUUGA